ACGAUUAUUUAGCUACGAUUUUGAUCAAAAAAUUCCUCUCAAAAUUGUAUAAUGUACUUUUAGAAAUUUACAAAUGGCACAAAAUUUACAGAAGAAGCCCUCAAAGGGCAUUCUGAAAACCUCACGAAGUGUUGACGGACCGGAUGGCACACCUUCAACCAGUAAGCGGGCGAAAGAACAAAGAUUCGAUGAAAUUAAUAUUAUGGAGACAUUUCAUCCUGCGAAUAAGGAUUACGGGCACAUGAAAGUGGACGAACCAAAGACGCCUUACUCGGAAGCCGUCGAUGGCGACUUGGAGCCAGGAGACGAGUUAGACGCGAACAUCCUCGCCGCAAAGCUAGCGGCUAGCAUGAACAAACCUCCGAAGUGUGUGGAGGCAAGCGACAGUGAUGAAGACAUGGAUGAACCAGAGGAAGUUCGUCAGCGGCGGCUCGAGUUUGAAAAGAAACGAAAAAUGCACUACAAUGAAUUUCAGGCAUUGCAGUUAGCGAGACAACUUAUGGCUCAAGAAGAAGAGGAAGAAGAUGAAAGCAAACCUGAGAAGCCAACUACCUGACUGCCACACAUCUUCACACUUGUACAUAACACUUACCCUAGCUUCGAGUCGUCAUUACCUGCUUUCUAGUAGCCAGGUGGGCUUUAACUUUUAGGCUGCCAUCGAAUGGUAAAGUUGAAAUUUAUAUUGUAUCCUGCAAGGUGCUUCCACACCAGUGAAUUUUUGUGUCGUAAGAAUUGUAUUGGUACAUAUGUGUAACAUGUUGUCAAUAUCUGUUCCAUAUAUGUCCAGCUGUUUACAUGUACGCUCUUUCACUCGCGAAUCGACAUACGCGGGAAAGAGGGUACAUGUAAACAAAGAACGAGAAAGCGCGGGCGUGUCGUGUCACUCGCUCGCGCAAUCCCUCGUGUCGUAUCACCUGCUCGCGCAAUCCCGCGUAAUACAAUUGAGAGUGCUUUCGCGCGUUUUUGUAACAAAUUAUCCACUCCAAAAUGGCCGACAUCUGACCAUAGAGCUAAAUUCAGAUUUGUUGUUAAUUUGUCAAUUUUAAAUGUGUCUAUGGAAAAUAAAAUCAAAAUAAAAUUAAAAUACGAGCAAUAUUGCGUGAAUGCAAAAAAUUUACGCGCGCACUUUCCUACGUUUAAUCAGGUGCACUCCUGAUCACAAUGAAAGACUAUGUUGUUUUAAGCAUUGUGUUCUGCCCUUGUGUGGGUGUGGAUCUACCAAUAGUGGCUAAAUUUUAUUUAUGGAUAACAUUAUUGUAACAAAACAAGGCACAGUUUAUUUUACUUUUGUAUUUCAGUAUUUAGUUUGCGUAUUCUCUAAUAUUCUGCAGGAUUAGUCAUAAAGGGUGUACCAAGCCUUUGAUCAUGGAACUGAACCUACCCUAGAAAUGAGUAAAUAUCACGGGAUCUUAUCACCAUUAUUACAUAGUAUAAAACAAAGUCACUGUCGCUGUCUGUCCGUCCCUAUUUAUGCUUAAAUCUUUAAAACUACGCAACGGCUUUUAAAUCAGUUUUUAAAUAGAUAGAGUGAUUUUAGAGAAAGGUUUAUAUGUAUAAUACAUGUACACCAGUGCCAAACCGGGGUGAGUAGCUCGUGUUUUAUAAACUAAGACAGACUAACAUAAGAUCCCAUGAUUUUUACUAAUUAUAUGUAUAAAU